AUGGUUGGGGUUGGGGGGGGGUUGUGGGUUGUUGUGGGGGGUUGUGGGGGGGGGUUUGUGGUGGUGUUGGGGGUGUGUGUUGGUGGUUGGGGUGGGGGUGGUUGUGGGGGUUGGUGGGGGUUUUGGGGGUUGUGUGUGGGGGGGGGGGGGGGGGGGUGGUUGGGGGUUUGGUGUAUGGUGGUGGUGUGGUGUGGGUUGUUGGGUUUGGGGGUGGUGGUGGGUGGGGUAGUUAGUGUGGGUUUGGGUUUGUUUGUGGGGGUUGGUUUGGGGGUGGUGUGUGGGGGGGUGUGGGGGGGGGGGGGGGUUGGGGGGGGGGGGGGGUGGGUUGUGGGUGUGUGUUGGGGGGGGGUGUGGGGGGUUUGGGGGGUGUGGGUGGGUGUGUGGGGGUUGGGGGGUGGGGGGGGGGUGGGGUGGGGGGUGGUGUGUUUGGUUUGUGGGUUGGUGGUGGUGGUGUGGUGGGGGGGGGUGGGGGUGGUGUUGGGUGGGUGGUGGUGGGGGGGGGGGGGGGGUUGGGGUUGGGGGGUGUGUGGGGGGGGGGGGUGGGGUUGUUUGGGGGGUUUGGUGGGGGGGGGGGUGGGUGGGGUGGGGGGGGGGGAUUUUUUUUGUUGGGGGGGGGGGGGGGGGGGGUUGGGGGGGGGGUUUGGGGGGGGGUGGGGGGGGGGGGGGGGGGUUGUUGGGUUGGGGGGGGGGGUGGGUGUGUGGGGGGUGUUGGGUGGGGGGGGGGGGGGGGGGGGGGGGGUGGUUGGUUGUGGGGGUUGGGGGUGUGGGGGGGGGGGUUUUUUGGUUGUUUUUGGUGUGUGGGGGGGGUUUUGUGUUGUUGGGGGGUGUGGGGGGGUGGGGGGGGGGGGGGGGGUGGGGGUUGUUAGUGGGGGUUGGGGUGUGGUUGGGGGGUUGGGGGGGGGUGGGUGUUUGGUGUUUUUGGUGGGGUGGGGGGGGGGGGGUUUUGUGGUGGUGUGUUUGGGGUGUUGGUGUGUGGGGGUUGGGGUGGGGGUUGGGGGUUGGUGGGUGUUUGUGGGUUUGUUGGUGUUGUUUGUUUUGUUUUGUUGUGUGGGGGGUUUUUGUUGGUGGGGGGGGGGGUGGUGGGUGUGUGGGGGGUGGGGGGGGGGUGUGGUGGGGGGUUUGGGGGGGGGUGUUGGUUGGGGGGGGGUGUUGGUUGGUGGGGGGGGGGGUGGGGGUGUUGGUGGUGGGGUUGGGUUGGGGGUUGGUGUGGGGGGGGGGGGUUGGUUGGGGGUGUUUUUGUGGGUUGGGGGGGGUGGUGGGGGGGUUUGUGUUUUUGUGGUUGGGGUGUUGGGGGUUGUGUGGGGUUGGGGGGGUAGUGGUGGGGGGGGUGGGGGUGGGGUGGUGGGGUGGUUUUUUAGUGGUUUGUGGGGUUUGGGGGGGGGGGGGGGGGGGGGGGGUGGUUGGAUGGGUUGGGUGGGGGUGGGGGGGUGGGGGGGGGGGGGUGGGGGUGGGGGUUGGUUGGGUGGGGUGGGGGGGGGGUUGGGGGGGGGGUGUUUGGGGUGUGGGUUUUGUGUUGGGUUUGUUGGGGGUGGGGGUUUUUUGUUGGGGGUUGUGGGUGUGGGGGUUUUUGGGGGGGGGGUGGGGGUGUGGUGGGUUGGGGGGUGGUGGGGGGGGGGGGGGUGUGGGUGGGGGGGGGUUGUGGGGGGGGUGGGGUUGGGUGGGGUUGGGAGUGGUGGGGGGGGUUGGGGGGGGGGGGGGGGGGGGGGGGGGGGUGGGGGGGGGGGGGUGUUGGGGGGGGGGGGGGGGGGGGGGGUGGGGUGUUGUUUUGGGUGUUGGGGUGGGGUGUGUUGGGUGGUUGUUUUUGUGAGUGUGUGUUUUUGUUUUUUUGUGUUUUUGUUUGUGUUGGGUUGGGGGUUUGGAGGUGUGGUGGGGUGUUUGUGUUUGGGGGGGGGGGGGUGGUUGUGGUGGGGGGGGGUGUGGGUUUGUGUUUGGGGGUUGGGGUGGGGGGUGGGUGUUGGGUUUUAUGUGUGUGUUGUUUGGAGUUUUGAUUUGUGUUUUUGUUUUUGGGGUGUGUAUGUGUUGGUGGGUUUUGUGGGGGGGGGUUGGGUAGGUGGGGGGGUGGUGGGUGUGUGUUUUGUUGGUGUUUUUGGGGGUUGGGGGGGGGUGGUUGGGGGGGGGUGUUGGGGGGGGGGUUUGGGGUGGGGGGAUUUGGGGUGGGUGAGGGAGUUUGGGUUUGGUGGGUGUUGUUUGUGGGGGGGGGGUUGGGUGGGUGUUUUGGGGUUUUGGGGGGGGGGGGUUUUGUUUUGGGUGGGGGGGGUGGGUGGUGUGGGUUUGUGGGGGGGGGUGGUGUUGGUUUGUGGGUUGUGGUGGUGUGGGGGGGGGGGUGGUUGGGUGUUGUGUGGGUGUGUUGGUUUUGUUUGGGGGUGGUAUGGUUGUGGGGAGGUGGGGGGGGUGUUAGGGUGGUGGUGUUGGGUUUGGGGUUUGGGUGGGUUUUAUGUUGUUGUGUGGGGGUGGGGGGUGUGUUGUUGGGGGGGGUGGGGGUGA